AUGGCUGCGGAUUGGGAAAUAGUCCAGAAUCUACAAAACGAAAUCACCUGUGGGAUCUGUAGGAACUAUUUUUCUCAGCCGGUCACCAUUGAUUGUGGACACAGCUUUUGCCGAGAAUGUCUUUCUAGGAGCUGGAGCAUUAGGCCUUUUUCUUGUCCGGAAUGCAGGCAAGUUCCCCAGAUCAGACAAUUCCCAAAAAUCAAUUCGAACUUGGAAAAGCUGACUGACAUCAGCCUCCAACUCAGCCCCCUCAAUUUGCAGAGGGCUAUAGAACGGAACCAAUGUCCCAUUCACAAGAAAGCCUUCAAGGUGUUUUGUGAGGAGGACCAGACUUCACUCUGUGUACUCUGUUUCCAAAUGCCUGAGCAUAGGGCUCACACACUCACUCCUGCAGAAGAGGCUGCUCAGAAUUACAGGGAGAAGUUCCGAGAGAUUCUGAGUCACUUGGAGAAGGAUUUUGAAGAAGCCAAGAAAUAUCUUUCUCAGGAGAAGGAGAUGGAGGAGGGACCUGACUGGAAUGAGAUGAUUAUGGCAGAAUAUUGCAAACUGCACAGCUUACUGUUAGAUGAAGAAGUUCAGUAUCUGGAAAGAUUGAAAGAAGAACAAAGGACCAGGAAGUUCAGAUUAUCUCAGCACAUUGGAACCAUUCAGGAAAUCAUGAUAGAAAUUCAAGAAUCAAGCUAUAAUCCCAAUGCUGAGCUCCUGAAAGAUAUCAGAGAGCUGUUGGGAAGGGGUGAAUCAGUGUUAUCCCAAAGGUCCAAUGUUAUCAUCCCAGAGCUGAGAGAAUAUUCCUUCCCUGCGAUGAUAGAUUGCCUCAACAAAUUCAGAGUAGACAUCAGAGUGGAUCCUAAAUCAUCCAGUUCCUAUGUGACUGUUUCUGAAGAUCAAAAGACUAUGAGGGCUGAAGAAGGCUGGCAGGUGGACUACUCCCAUGCUGAGGAUUCUACUCAUCAUUACGUCUUUGCUGACCAGGCUUUCAGUUCAGGAAGCCAUUACUGGGAGGUGGAUGUGACACAAGUAUCUCAGUGGGCACUGGGGAUCUAUUCUCCAACCUUGAGAAAGGAGAACUCCCUGUUCCUGCUUUCCUGUGUGAAGAAGGAAAAUAAUUACUAUUUCCAAACCUAUCCUGAAUCAUUAAACCAUCAAGUGAAAGACCCAGUACCCAGGAUCGGAGUGUACUUGGACUAUUCAACCGGCAUUCUCCUUUUCUACAAUGUUCUCCAAAGCUCCCCAAUUUAUAGAUUCUACCCUCUCCUUUUCAUAAAACCUGUCAUUCCCGUCUUUUCCCCUGGCCCUCCACUUCCAGGGACAAAGGCUAAUCUCAUGACUAUCUGUUCAGUCAACUCUCAUCUUUGUGCAUGCUGCUAUUCAUGUCUCUGAGCAUACGUCCUUGGAGAAAUUCACAACUCACAAUGGGGCUGCCUAACUGUGAACCUUCAAUUCCCAGACUUCCCCUGGGAGAAGAUGAGCAUCACCUACAAGAUAUUGAAGAAGGGAGUCAAUGCUCACCAAUUUGGAUAGUGUAUUUGUAUUCUCUUAUCUUUAGUGAAUCCAGUCAGUUUGUGUAUUUUCACAAUAAAUCAAUCAGCAGUUUAAAAGAAAAAGUUGUUAUUGUUUGUUGUUGUUUCAGUUGUGUUUGACUCUUUGUGAUCCCAUUUGGUGUUUUCUUGGCAAAGAUACUGAAAUGGUUUGCCAUUUUCUUCUCCAGCUCAUUUUACAGAUGAGGAAACUGAGUCAAACUAGGUUAAGUGGCUUGUCCAGGGUCAUAUAGCCAGUGAGUGUCUGAAGCUGGAUUUGAAUCCAAGAAGAUGAGUCUUCCUAAUUCAACCCGUCAAGAGGGACUGUGAAAUGCAGUGGAGAAAUUGGCCUCAGUCAUGAAGACCUGGGUUGAGACUCCCCUCUGAUCUAUACUAGCUAUGCAACUGUGACCUCUCCAUUGUCAGGCAGAUUUUAGGACUUUAGAACCCUUUCUAUUGGCAUGCAGGCCCUCACCUGGGUUCAUUACUAGAAGAGAGCUGAGCUGCUCCCUUCCCUCUCUCCACCUAUGCCUAAGGACAUUUUGUCCCUUCACCUUUCCCUCUGCCCAGCAGUCCAGUGGGAGCACUUCCUCCCUCCCCAGUCCAGGGUAAGGUGAGGGAAAUGGGCAGGGCAUGACACACAGUCUCUAAGGGAUGGGGUGCAGCACACAGGGUCUCUAAGGUUCACCAUCACUUCUUUAGGGUAUAGAAGUAGCUAGGUAACACAGUAGAUAGAGAGCCAGGUCUAGAGUCAGGAUAACCUGAGUUCAAAUCUGGCCUCAGACACUUCCUAGCAGUGUGACCCUGAGCAAGUCAUUUAACCCCCCCAUUGUCUAGCCUUUGCCACUCUUCUGUCUUAGAUUUGAUACUAAGACAGAAGGUAAGGGUUUAAUUACUUUUUUAAGAUACAAAAUGGUGUUUAGAUUCUCAAUUGGGAAAUUUCCUUUGUAGACCAACAGAUCUACACACCCACAUACCCCACCAAAAAAGAACUGAUUAAUUAUUAGGUAAUGUCAUAGCAGAAAGGCAAAAGCCUUUGUGAAGAAAUAAUCAAAACCUGUCAGUGUCAGGGCAACUCAUCAUUACACACAGGUGAGAGUACUCUGGUAGUCAUUUGACCAGCACUAGAUAGAGAGCUAUUUCCAGGCUGGAAAAGUAAGCUCCAUCCAGCUACCAUGGCAUGCCACAAGAGAAUCCUUCUUGAGAGAAUUUAACAUAAAUCUGUAUUCCUGUUUUCUUUUUAAAAAGAAAGUUUCAUUUUGAAUUUGAAAAAUCCAUUUUGGUCUAAUCCUCUGGCCUUUGAUUAGAUCAAAAACAAGGCCUGAGACUUAUCUAGAUAAGAAGGAGGUAUGUGCAUGCACUCUUUGCUUCCUGGCAUCCCAGAAGAACACCUCUUGUCCCACAUGAUUCCUGGCAUCCAGACCAGGCCUCUGACUGGCCAAGCAGCAGAGGUGAACAAGACACACACAGUAAGCAGCAAGCUUGAGCUCUGGUUAGCCAGGAAAGAAGAAUAGAAAGAAUGAAGAGAAGAAAGAGAAUAAGAAAAAAGGGAGAGAGGGAAGAAGAGAAGAAAGGACUUCAAGAUCAGAAGAAAUACCAAAGUGCAAGAUACAUGGGGUCAAAAUUGUGAAGCAAUCAAAGUGAGAGAAAAUAGUCUAGACUAGAAAGGCUUCAUGUGUCCUAUGUGGCAGUCAUUUAUAACUAAUCAAGGGGGCAACAUAAGAUCACUAACGAAAAUAAUAAUUCCUGAUGUUUGAAUAGAACUUCAUAUUGAAAAA